CGGAACGGAACGGAAACCCCGACGGUCGGCCCCGUCCGUCCCCUCCUCUCCCAAAUCGAUCGAAUCGAACCCAAAUCCCCACCCAAACCCCGAUCGCCGGCGAUGGCCAGCCUCCACGCCGGACUCAGCACCGGCCGUCUCCGCAUCUACACUCCGGCGCUGUAUGACGACGGCACCCCGUGGCAGAACGAGAGGGAGCAGGACAGCUCUCAGCUCCUCCUCAAGAUCCACAGCCACUACAAGGAAGCCCUCGACGGGCUCACCGGCUCCGACGUCGUACGGCGCUUCCUCCCCUCGGGGGUCUGCGUCGGCCUACUCGAUCCGGUCUCCAACAUCACCGUCAACGCACUCCUCGCCGCCACGGCAGACAAGGCCUACUCGGCGCCGGUCGCCGUCGAUCUCGGGGACACGGAGCGGCGCUCCCUCGACGGCCUCGUCACCUUCCUCACCUGCUUCUUCCCCUACCUCGCCGACUGGGAGGCCGUCAGGUACCUUCUCCUCGCCGACGCCGACCCCUUGGUCGCCGCGCGCAUCGUCCUCGAGGACCGCGGCACCAAGUGCUUCCGCCCAGACUCCGCCGCCACCAACGGCGCCCUCAGGCUCGCCCUCAGGUGCGCCACGCUGGCCGCCAAGCAGCACCCGCAGCUCGCCGACGCCUGGCUCUCGCUCUGCUCAUCCCUCCACAAGGCCGUCCCCAAUUACCACCACAACAUCUUCAACAACCUCCGCACCUUGUUCAAAGAGAAGACAACUGCACAUGUCCCGUAUCCUCCUCCCACUGGCAAGCCGUGGGAGCUCGCCGCCACUCGCCGCACGCGCAUCACCAAGGUUCCCUACCAGCAUUCAUGGUCGCUCAGACGAGUGCUCCUUGAUGCCAUCCAUGGAUUCUACCUCAAGGCCCUGGCCAGGAUGCCGGGCGGGUCUCGCUACCACCGCAGCAUGCUCAAGGCUGGCCAUUGCUACGGCCCUUUCGACCCUGUCUCCAACAUCAUCCUCAACACCAUAUGGUACGAAGCCAACUUCCCACCACUGACUCCACAACGCGAGCUCGACUUCGUCGGGACCUGGAGUUUGAUGCGGAUCGAGGCCCUGUCCUUCUAUGGACUCCUCUCCUUCCUCUGCACCUGUCAUCAAGAUCUCAGCAUGCACGAGGCCAUGCGGAUUCUCAUCGAGGAGGACCUCAACUUGUCCGCCACAAAGCAUUGCAGCAGUGUCAAGGAAGAGCAAGAUGCCUAUAGGGCUGCUGCCAUUGCGGCAUGGUGCCCCCGCCUCAAUUCUGAUGCCCAAGCAGGAUUCCUCAGUUCGUGCAACAAGCCUCAAGUCUUGUCACUGCUGUCAAAUGGAGGACAACAGCAGCUCUCCUCUCAAGCUGUCCAGCAGAUUGCCACACUAUUAGCAUCUGGCAUGACAACCCAGCAGCAGCAGCAGCAGCCACUUUCCGUUUCCAAGCGGGAGUUCGAUGAUACCAUGUCAGAGGGAAGUCAACGGCGCAGGGCUCAUAAAAGAAUCUCCAAAAAGGUCAAGGGUGCAUUAAGGAGAUAUGAGAAGCAGAAUUCGGGAGACAACACCUGCUAUCAGCUUUAUGUGGUCUGUGGUGUGAAUGAAUCCGUAUCUGGUCCUGACAACAGUGAAGAAUCCAUCAAGAAGCGAGAUGAUAGUGAUGAUGAGUUUGAUGACUACUACCACCACACACAUGCCAACUUUCUGGUGACUCGAAAUGUUGGCUCUGUAUGUUCAGUCCCAGUACUCUUCUUUGCCGAGCUUAGCAACGACGGCGAUGAUGACCAGCUUUUAUGUUGUCCUGUGGAUAUUCCACCGCCAGGGGCUGAGCCAGUCCGGUGCCUUUUCUGCGAGCAAGCAGGCAUCAGGAUCGUGCACCCGGCUAAUCAGGAGGGAUUCCACGGGCGCACACUCGAGUUCGAGAAGAUGGUCCGCGGAGAAGAUUUCUACGACAAUGGCUACUAUACGGAGGUCUACAGCAACCAUCGCAUACUAGAUCGCAGUGAAUCCAUUGCGAACUGGACACAAGGUGGAGACGAGGAGGAAUGCAUGUACCUUGGUAGUAACGACUUCACCAUCAAGGAAGACGACGGUGAUGAAUCGGAGGAUUUUGAGGACGACUAGUGUAGAUUAAUUUAUUCUAUUUAUUGUGCUGGGCUACGGGGCGUAGUAUUCACUUCGUUGAUGAUACUAGGUUUAAAUAGGUUUGUUUAAUUGUAGGAUCAGCAAGUCUAUCGCCCUAACAAGUACCCCCUACAAGUUGUACAAAAUCAUCGACACUUAUUAUGGAUAGCAGUUAAUUUGUGGUUUC